AUGACCACGGUUAAUGGUUUACACUUUUUAUUUUUAGAAUUACACGCGGUGGUAAAUAAUGCGGCUCGCAUGCUGAUGGCCGAGUACGAGUGGCAAACGACAAGACUUAUCACAGAACAGUUUCGUGUAAACGUUCUAGGCCCAAUGGAAUUAACGUCAUCGCUCUUACCUAAAGUGCGUUGUGACCGAGGACGGAUUAUUAAUGUACUGAGUCAUUGCGCUAUGGUACCAUUGCCGGGCAUAGCCGUUUAUGGGGCUACAAAAGCAGCAGUGCAAGCGUGGACUUGCGGAUCUCGAGCAGAAAACGGUGGCGUCAGUUGGAUUUCGUUUUACCCAGGAUCGUUUUACACGCAUUCAUCGAUUAUGGGCGGCGGAGGCAGACGUGACGGUUACUACGAUGAAAUGUCGGACGCGUUAACCGACGAACAAAGGGAGCACUACGGUCAGUAUAUGCGUGCUUACAAGGGGUACUUGGACAUGGUGGACGUGGCAGUGCCAUCUCAAGACGAACCUGUCCCCAACAGUGACUUGUACAGAUUUAUGGACCAUGCGCUGUGGUCGACCCGGCCUAAAGCCGAAUACAGGGUGCCGGAACCGUGGCGUUACCGUAUAUACUCAACAUUAGCGCAUGUGUGUUCCGCGUUAGGACUUCACGGUUGGAGAGACCAACUGAUCAGACGGUUCGUCUGUACGCCUACGUUCGUUAGCAACAGGAACAAAUCAGCAUAGGCUACAUUGGUGAUGGGAAUAAUCCGGACUGGCGAGAAUUCAAGAAUCCAAAUUUACCGAUUUUGAAAGUAUUAUUUUAUACAAGGGGGUCGCAAUAGCCAAUAAGUGAUCUUAAAAUGAAGUAAGCGAAUAAGCGAGUUCCAGUGUGACUAGACGGCGAAAUAACCUUUUUUUAUUGUACAUAUUUCUAAUUAUUUGUUUCAUUACAGCAACCAAAUGAUACAACACAUAUUGCUUAUCAGAUGUAAUAUUACACACUGUCAUAUAAUCAUAUGCAAUUCCUAUUUAUCUAAUGAUCUAUAUAGAUGGUAACUAUUUUACUGUACAGUUUUUAACAACUUAAUAAAAGUAUUAAUUUUUGUUUAAAGUGGUCACACUGUCGGUCGGCUUCUUGACUACUUCAUUUCUGCUGGCAUUGUAUUAUGAUAUAACAACAUUAUACAUUUUUACUCUUACUAUGAUUUUAUAAAAAGAAACUAUACUUACAUUCGUUUAUGAAUUUCUCGUGAUACGAAUCACAUACUAAUUAUAAGUUAUAACUGUACAUUUACCUUAAAAAAACAAAUACAAUAAAAGAAAAAAUCUAAACCAGGGCCAGCGCAAGACAUAGGCAACAUGGGUAUAUUGCCUUGGGCGGCAUUUUCCAAAGGGAGCAAUUAAUUUAAACAAUUUUUUUUAAUAUAUAAAUAAUUUAAUUAACUAAUUAUUUCAGAUAAAUAUUUGAAAAUGCGGCAAAAUUGGAGUGGCCUAAGUUGAAAUACUGUCUAUUGCCGACUUCGGUCGAAACCAUAAAGAUAUAUUAUUUUAAUUAUGAACUUAAUUUAUACAUAAUUAUAUCAAUUAUUUGAUAUGAAAUAAUUACCAAUUAUUAUAAAUAUCAAAAUAGAUUAAGUAUGAAUUUUUGAAAAAUAAAAAUAUCUUUAUAAUUUAUACUGUACAUAAUAUGUGUAUAACAUAUUGUAUAACUAACAGUAAAUAGUAAUACUCGGAUUUUUAAAUUCAAAACAUAACUUUAGGAUUUUUGGAUAAUCUGGAUUUACGUCAUAUCACUAAUAGCUUCCAAAAACGGCAUACGAAGUGAUCAACAUUUUAUUUUAAACA